CCCCAAAUCGAGAUCCGCAAAAUUUAAAAAAUGUCAGAAUCUGAAGUGUCUAGGGUGAGUACCGAUUCAUUGAAUUUGAUAAAAAAUGCCUUUAAUUUAUUAAUUGUUCCCAAAAUACGGCUAAUAUUUGGUUAAAUUUGAUUAAAAAAAAUAUUAGAAUAUGCUUAAAUUUAAUGAAAAAAUCAGAAUCAAUUGGCACAAAAACACAUUUAAUUACAACAAUUGGACACUUAAAACGUUAUAAUGUACUUAUAAAUAAUUUAAAACAUGUGGGUGGAGGGUUAAAAAAUAAACGUAGUGAUAGAAUUAAAUGGGAGGAUUUAACAACAGCCUUUCAGUCUCGUGUUCGCACUGGCAUUAUAAUAAAUAUUUUGCAUCUAGAUCCCCUUUGGUUUUUGAAUGAUGCUUUUUUUUUGUUUCAAGCCAGAAUAAAAAAUAUCUUAAAAAAGUUUUCUUUAAUUAAAGUCAACACAUGUUUUGGAGGGGAAUUUUUAAAGCUAAAUAUAAAUAAUGAAGAAGUUGUUGAUGUUAAGUAUUUUAAUACAAAAAAUGCAACUAUAGAUGUGGGUACAAAUUUUAAAAAUUGGUUUAAUGAUAAUGUUAUUGAUAAAAUUUUAAAUAAAAUGGAGGAAUUUGCUGAAAAAGACUCUGGGUGGGCAUUAAAAAAAGUUUUAAGUUGA